UUUGUGCGUCACAUCCGUUUUCCUUUGGCCGGGAGGAGAAGAUGAUUGCCCCGGUGGAGGUUUCUCCGCUCAUCAAGUUCUGCAGAUACUCAGCACUGCUGUUGGGAAUCAUUUAUGGAGCAAGAAGAUAUGCCUAUUUAAAGCCUAUUGCUGCAGAGGAUAGGAGAAUAGAAGCAGAGGAAAAAGCGAAACAGGAGGAAUUGAAAAGAAUUGCAAAAGCAUUGGAAGACGCUCAAGAAUCAAUACUGAAAUAAACCUCCUUGGUCCACAUCUUUAUAUCCAAUCUUUGAAAUGCUGAAGUAGAUAAUUCUAAAUGUCUAAAAUACAUUUAUUUACAUCAGUAAACAGACAUUCACAACAAUGUUGAUUUUCUUAAUGUGAAUAGUGCUAAUUAAAAAAGGAAUGACAAAAUGAAAUA